AUGUCGCAAAGUUCACGACCCAUGUACGCGUACGUCGGUAGCUUUGUUAUGCCGACCCCAGGCGCACAUGACGGGCUACGUGUCUUCCGCGUGGAUUCCGAAACGGGAGCCCUAACGCCCGUCUCCUCCCACAUCCCCGGCCUCAACGUAGGUAGCUUCGCUCUCGACCCUCAGCGCGGCGUAAUUUACGUGACCGACGAAGUAGCGUCGACCUUGGAGUUCCGCGAGCAACACCAGGUCGCCGGUGGCGGAGGCGGACGGAUCUUCGCCUUCACGAUCGACCGAGCGACGGGCGACCUGAGCGAACUCGGCCACUGGCCCAGCUACGGCACGCAGCCCGCGGGAAUCGCCCUACACCCCAGCGGCAAAUUCCUGGUGGUCUCGCAUUUCACCAACCGCACCACUACAACCACUCAAAUCACCGGGACCGCGCAGUUGGGCUUCACAAUCAGCCCUCGCUAUGACGACGCGACCACCGUUCUCUUCCCCAUCGACGCUAUCGGCCGCAUCGGCGCCCCCUGCGACAUCCACAUCCACACACCCACCUCGCCGCCUUCGUGCCUGCACUCUAUCACCCUCUUCCCAACCAGCACCAACGACAACAACACAUUUUACCUAGAAUGCGACAUGCUUCAAGAAAAGCUCUUGACCUUCACACUCACCGACAAGCCUCCUCUUCUCCGCAUUCAUGCAUCCCAUGCCACUCCAAAAGGCAGCGGACCACGCUACUCCGCUUUCCACCCCACCCUCCCUGUCUUUUACGUCAAUUACGAAUACUACCCCAUCAUCGAGACCUUCACCUACCAGUCAGAUGGUUCCUUCGCCUCCUUGUCCAAGGUGGAAGUCCUCCCAUCGGCGGAGGAACUGGAAGCGAGUUACCCCCCACCGGAAGGGAAAGUUCUGCUGUCUGAUCUGAAGGUGCAUCUAGGUGGGGGGUUUGUCUAUACUCUUGUGCGGGGAUAUAAUGUGCUCAGUGUUUUUCGAGUUGAUCAUACCACGGGAGCGUUGGAGCGGAUCCAGACGGUCGGGUUGAUGGGUGGGGUUUCGCCCAAGGGGUGUGCGGUCAGCCCCGAUGGACGGUUCAUGUAUGUGGCACUUGCGGUGAGCGGGCUGGUGCAGGUAUGGCGGGUGCAGGAUGAGAAUGGUGGAAGGCUGGUGUUUACGGGGUCAACGGUUAGUGUGCCGAGACCGGGGGCUGUUUUGGUGCUUGAGAUAUAG